GAAAGAGCAACAAGUGUGAUGGUGUUACACUGCUUUGCUUUUCGGACUUUUAAGAAAGGAUUUUUUUUUUGCGACGCAUUAACCUGAGUUGAGCUGAUUCACACACCCCCCUCAAAAAAAAAAGGAUAAUAGGCCUUUUGGUUUAUUGGAAGCUAACUUCAAGUUUCACUUCGACGGGAGGCUGCUCAGUUAACGGAUCAUCAUGCCGCGGUCAUUUCUGGUGAAAAACAAGAGGUUGCCUUCCCAUAAUAUUCACCGAACAUAUGAAGAGCCGCAGGAGCCCACAUGUAGGCCGACAGAAGCUCUACCAGAGGUUCAAAACACAGACUCCUCCGAUGAGCAUCAGUCAGAAGAGCGGUCUCCCCCUCAGGACCGCUGCUCGUUUGAGGAGGAGGAGGAGGAUGCAGAGCUUGAACGCGCCUUACCUGCUCACCCAGAGCCAACCAGACCCUCUGUGGCUCUCACACAGCCGUUCUACCUAAACGAGCCUCAUAUUGCAGGAUUCCCUCCGUACUACAAGCCAUACGCCUGGGAGUCGGUGCCCUCCUCCUACGAUCUGCGUCAGAUGAGUUUCAGCCCCACAGUCCUGCAGCACGCCAGCAAUCUGUAUGGCACCCACUUGAGCCGCAGCCCACCACCUCAGCAGCCUCUGGACUGCAGCACCCACUACUCCCCAACAUCCAACACCUACCACUGCAUCACCUGUGACAAGGUGUUCUCAACACCCCACGGACUGGAGGUUCACGUCAGGAGGUCUCACAGUGGAACAAGACCUUUCGGCUGCAACAUCUGCAGAAAAACUUUCGGCCACGCUGUCAGUCUGGAGCAACACAUGAAUGUCCACUCUCAGGAAAAAAGCUUUGAGUGCAAGAUGUGUGGCAAAACAUUCAAGCGCUCCUCCACCCUCUCCACACACCUGCUCAUCCACUCAGACACGAGGCCGUACCCCUGCCAGUACUGCGGCAAGAGGUUCCACCAGAAGUCCGACAUGAAGAAACACACAUACAUACACACAGGUGAAAAGCCGCACAAAUGUCAGGUGUGCGGUAAAGCCUUCAGCCAAAGCUCCAACCUGAUCACCCACAGCAGGAAACACACUGGCUUCAAACCGUUCGGAUGUGACAUUUGUUCCAAAGGCUUCCAGCGUAAGGUGGAUCUCCGCAGGCACCACGAGAGCCAGCACGGCAUGAAGCCUAAACUCUAGUGUUUCUGGGAGAUAUAAAAAAAAAAUUCUGUUUCAACUAUAUGCAAUUAAGGAUGUUAUCCAGAUGUCUAGCAUGAUGCGGAUGGCGUUUCCAUAUCAAGCUGUGGAAUGAAAUUCCUGAUUGAAGGCAAUCUGAUAAAAUACCAAUUCAACCUGUGCUAUGAAGAAUUUGAGAAGUUGAUUCAAAUGUAUUGGUUAAUACAUUGUAAGUUUCCCUUAAAGUUACGUUUGCCUGUCGAUGAAUGGAAGAUUUUCCUGAUGUCUUAUUCAUUUAAAAUAUGCAAAUUGGCUGGUGAAGAUGAAAAAGCACACAAGAAUGUUUAAUAUAGUUUUUUUUGUAUAAAAUUAUUUAUUUAUAAUAUGCCUGAGCACUGUCCUUUAUAUUUGCUGAAGAAGCUUAUGUGUGUGUUCUGUAAUUAAAUGUGAAGGAAGAAGUAAUCUUUGGAAUAAAG